AUGGGCUGCAGUUCCUCAAAACCAGUGGGUGACGACACACGUGCCCCUCGACCAGCAAAGAGCGUCCCAGAAUCGGAAAAUUCAAGAUUCGAGAAUCUCACUCUCCCCGAAGUAUCAUGGGAGAGAGACGAGGCAUGGUCAGAGUGGAUCUGCGAUAACGAAAAGCAAGCCAUCCAGGCGGGACGACAUGAAGAGUUCCUUGAGCAUUUUCGCGACAUUAUGUACCUUGGCGUGCGUGGCCGGUUCAAUACACUAUAUCCUGAAUGCGAGGCAAAUGGCACAAUUGACGACAUAGCACAGCCACAUGUGUGCUUAAGUACAGGGCCUUGUUCAGGCGAUGGCGGGUUCGAAUGGUCUACACGAGGAGUGCUGGUGCUGGAUGCGGCCUUUAGUGGAAUCGUUCACGUUUCUGCUAUCAUGGUUGCCAAACCUCCUCAGAGACCAGAUGUCACAGACGAGAAACAGCAAGAGAGUCCUGACCAUUCACAACCUUGGCUGGUUCCCGGAGCAGAGCUUGACAGUCCCGAGAUGAGAGGAGCGAAGCAUGCUGUAGUGCAACAGGUUGCUUACACGAAAUCAAAGGGCACAAACGUCAGCCACUGCCUUAUGUACGUCUUCGUCGGUGCAGAUCUAGUAGUCUGUCGCUUUGACUCUUCACCCAAACCACCAACAAUCACACGCCACCCUGUCAACCGCCCAAAGAUUCUAAUAGAAACCAUGAACGGAAUCGUGAAGGAUACAAAGAAAGCACCUGAUCUGUUUCGCGGGCUUUUUGCCCCCCAUUGGUUUCGACAAGUGGUUAAAGAUAUGACAAAUGGAUUCGAGGGGAGCACAGUCUGGGAUGAAGGUUCAUUGCCCUUUAUGCUUCCCAACGGACGCAUGUACCAUGAGCCGACACGACUACUAAUGACUCGAGUGUACGAGAAGAUGACCGAGACAGUUGAAGAGGUGUCUCUCACAGCAACGCCUCCUCCUUUCCCGGGUGACGAUACCCCGGGUAAUCCUGUGACUUUGGUCAGGAAGGCAGAUCCUACCAAGGAGCCUGGGGGUAUCGUCAGAAUCGCACUGAUCAUUGGCGUAAGCAAGGAUGUCGUAUGGCCUAAGAUUGGUGACUAUGAAAAGACUUCGACUAUGGCAGCUGGCGAAAAGGCUGUGGUGGAGUAUGCCAAGGGCCUUUACGAAAAGGGUGUUAUGGACCGCUGCGGUAUAUGGAUCUACAUGGGAACUGAUGAGAGUGUCUUCAAACUCAUUGGAGAUCCCAACACAUUGAAGCCAAGGGAGAGGGCACUACCUCGUCUAAGUGAGCUGGGUGACCCUUCAAAAAUGGCAGCAAGCCAGGGGAUGCCCCCGGAUCCAUGGGGGGAUAAGAGUCUGGAAAAAGACUUUAAUUUAUCCAUUUCGAUCCAACCAAAACACCACUUGAUGGCCUCGGAGAGUAAUUUCCAGGCUAUCAAGCAGUACAUGAAGAACAAAGCCCAGGACAAGUCCCCCAAGGAGCUGUACGACCAAGCCAUGCGCGCGAUGCCAAUGGCAGCACAGCACAUCUUGAAGAGCAACUUCCCCGAGUGCGAAGUGACAGACGAAGGAUUCUUCCCCGUUGUUCUUCCUGAUGGCACCGAAGCCGCUGACCCCGAAGCUCGUCUCGUUGUGGCGCGCGAUCCCAAGCAAGAGCCGACGAGUAUUGUGGCUGCUGUCCACGUCGUUCCUUGUCCCUCAGGCGUGCAUGGAGAAUUCAAUAUGUACAGCGACAAGAACUGGCUCGAAACGCCCGAGAUGAAAGCAGCGGACCAGAGAUUGCUGGAACUGUUGAAGAAAUGGCAUGUCGAGGGGAAAUUGUCAAAGGUGGACUGCAUGGCGCAGACGAUGAUGGUCAAGGAUGCGACGAUUUACAAAUUUGUUGACGGGGAGAGGUUUGAGGAUUAUAGCGAAGAGGGGAUGGCACAGUUCCGUUGGGGCUGA